AUGACCGGAUGGAAUGGAGGACUAUCUAGAAAGGGUGAUGGGAAAGAUGGGUUUCUCGGCAAAAUGGGUCUCAAGAAUCAUGACGUGGUACGUGGUGUCCCAGAUUCGAUGAUGGUGAAUGAAGGGUUGUCAUGUCUGCUGAAUCAGGCUGAAAUAAGAGGCGAAAUUCAUGGAGUGGCAGUGACAAGAAUGGUGCCAGGGGUAUCCCAUCUGUUAUUUGUAGAUGAUUGUCUGCUUUUCCUAAGAGCCAGUAUUGCAGAAUGCCAGGGAAGAAACCAAAGCAAGGCUGGCGGUCACAAAAGAUUUGAUCGAGGAUUGUUAUAUUGGGCUGUCAAUUAUGAUAGGGAGAUAAAAAGAAUGACGUUCCAAAGGUUGAAGGAAAAAGUGUGGAAGAAAUUACAAGGUUGGAAAGGGAGGCUCCUUUCUCAUGUAGAAAAGGCAAUUCUAAUUCAAGCGGUGGCUCAAAUGGAUAGUGGUCUUGGGUUCAGGGACUUUGAAGCGUUUAAUUUGCCUUUGUUGGCUAAACAAGGAUGGCAUUUUCUGUUUAUGCUACAGGAUCUUAUGAGCCAGCUUGUUAGUUGGAAGGCAAGUCCAGGUGCAGGGAUAAUGUGGAAGGUGGGAGAUGGAAUGAGCAUAGAUGCAUGGGAGGAUAAAUGGAUCAGGAAACCGCCUCUGUUCAAACCUUUAGGUUUCCCUAAUCAAGAUGGCCAAAACCUUAAAGUAGCUUCGUUGAUGGAGGUCAACAGGAGACAGUGGGAUGAGGACUUGCUAGAGGACUGGAAACUUCUCAGUGAGUUCUUCCUACCAUUUGGCUCAAUCACUGCUGGGGAAACAACAAGGCUAGGUAUGGUGACCCGAGAUAGCAGAGGUAUUGUGAAGCUGAGUGCAGCAACAUACACUUCAAACAACCAAAGUUCGCUCCACGCUGAGAUGCAUGUAAUCCUGUUCGGGGUUGGUAUAGUUAAGAAGAAAGGGUUUGAAGUAGAGGGAUGCAUGUAA